AUGCCCCUUGCUGUGACUUCCAACAACUCCAACUCCCAUUCCACCUCGACUCUUACAGUGACGGAGCCGAAGUCGAAUAACACCAAAAAUGACAGACGAUGGCUACGCUCUCGCAGAGAGACUGAUCCCUUAACCAGCCAGCCCGCCGAGGUGCCGCAUGCCGACCGUCGUCGUUCAGAUCCUGUUACCCGUCGUCUGUUAAUUCCCAAAUCCACGUCCAAUCUGCCCGUCUUCACCAGCAGCAAUUCCUGUCCCAGCAACCCCGCCAAUCUCUCAGAUCCUACCCUCGCUGCCUUUGCUCCACGUAAGAUAAAUGCUCUAAAGCCUCCUCCACAGCCCACCCGAACCAGCAUCCCUACUUUUCUGGUGCAGACACCCCGGACCCAGACUACCGUUGACUUGGACAAAUUAUACACUUUCUCCUCCACCGACACCACCACCAACACCACCAACACCACCAACCUCGCUUCCAGCACCCCUCCAACCGCCUCAUCCUCUGCAACGUCCUCUCAUUCACUCAAAUUACAAACCAGUCUUGAGCCCAAAUCUCCCCAUCAGAAAAGACCGCCUGCGUCUCGUAGCUCCUGUGGCAUCGAAGCCUCGUCUGGCCCACCGCCCGCGCUUUCCACACAGCGUUCGCUCGGCCAACCCACAUCCCCACACAAAUCCACCUCAACCUCAAUCAACCUCCAUAGACCACGAUCUUUUGGGGGUGCCAGGAAAUCGAAAUCGAAAUCGAAAUCGAACCUCCAACCUCCUCGCCCCGCCCCUGGCAUUAAUGCAGUCCUGAAAUCAAACCCCCCCUCUGUGGCUGCCUCCGAACCGCAACAGUCUGCACCUCUACCUGUUGGAUCUAGUACAGCUCCAACGCGGGAAAAGGGCAAGAUGUCAAUCGCUGGGACGCGCCUGAGCGCAAGUUUCUUAGGGAGCAAUAGUCGUGAUCGCAGUAAUCAGAUGACAGCUGCUGGAAACAUGGAUGGAAGUAGCAAGGAGUGUUUCGCGGAGGAUGGUCGGUCUAAAACGGAUGAUGUCUUCUUAAAUAUUGCCAAGUCAAACUCCCUCCGUCGCAGUGCGACAACGAGGACCGAGAGGAAAAGGUCAAAAUUUGGACUCUCUGGUCUACCUUCCCGUUCAAGUCGAGCCAAUGAGGAGCCCCCUUCUCUUCAAUCUUCCCGAUACGACUCUGAUCAUGUUACAUGCUUACUGUCCCAAGACAACCCUUCUUCAAUAGGACGUGAAUCUUCCUCAAUUCGAUCCCCUACUUCGACCCAGCACCCAAUGGAUGAGAACAGUCGCCUUCGAUAUUUUGGUGUCAGCACCAGGUCAUCUAUUGGGCUUCCUGGGAGUAGAUUGACUCGUACAACCCGCGAAACAUCACCCGAAACCCUUUCGAAUUACACUUCCGAAAGGCGAGGUUCAAUUGCCCAGGAUCAAGUCCAAGGUCAACUGCGGACAUAUCGACAAUCAAAUCUAUCUACCAUGCGAACUACGCAGAACUCCUCCAGUGUGGAUGCAGCUGCUGAGCGGUCGAGACUGGAUGCAGAAAAAUCAAGAUUGGAUGGGACGGAAUCUACAUUAUCUACUACGGCACCUUCUACCGUCUGGGAUGAAUUGGACGAUUUGAAGUCGAGAAUUCGUAAAUUGGAACUAACAGGAAAACUACCACCUUCUUCUGCUGCUGCAAUGUCUAGUGUCUCUGGUGAAAGACCCCGUACUGCGACGACUACAGCGACAACUCUUUCUUCUUCCCCCAAACAUGGGCGGAAAAUGACACCUCCAGCUCCAGAACCAGACGCCGCUGUUGUGGCUGACCAAAUUCACCCUUUACUUCACACUGCUUUAGCGAAAGCCAAACCCACACUCAAUGCAGAUGUAUAUCGUGCUCUUGAAACAACUGCCGCCGAUGCUCUAACUCUGGCCACCAUCCUUAGCUCCAACGGUCCGCAACAUGGCAGUGGGAUGUCUGUUGUUAACGGGGCGGGUAUUUCGGAUCGGCAGAUGAGACGAAAGGCGGAUAGUUUGUGUAGAGGAUUAACAGAGCUCUGUUUGGCAUUGUCGGAUGAACAGCUGGCUUCUUCGUCGAAUAAUAGACCAGGUAGUCGAGACGUCGCAUCUAGCCAAUACCAGACAGAUAGUAUGAUGGAUAGGGAGUCGAUAACGCCAAACCUCGCAUAUCGCCGUAGCGCAAGUCAUGAACCUGAGGAAUUUCAACGCGGCCAGGCCCCCUCAACGCGAUUAGCUGCCGGUAGCCGUUUAGAGUCACGGCGUGCAAGCUUGCUUAGCCUGAAUACAGGAACUACUUCUAUUCGAAACACCCAGGAAAAUACAAAUCCGCUUUCAACUCCCACCCAUUCCACCCCACCAAGCCGGCUCAACCGCGCCUCCACCAUUCUUCGGAACCGACGACUUCAAGACGAAGACGAUCUUGAUGACAAAACCCUUCGUCCGAUUUCCAGAGCCAUGACUGAAAUCAAUACAGUGAUAUCUCGCUAUUCACCUCGCGACCGGCGACUUUCACGUGAGUAUACUUCCAACCACCCUCUCCCGGAUCAACAGCAGGCGUCCCAACAGUUACCACUGCAGCAACAGCAGACCGGCCAACCCCGUUCAACCACUCAGGGUCAAAUGUCUAUUCCUCUUCGUAGGAAUUAUGAUUCGCCUGGCUCAAACCUGCCAGCUACGAUUCCCGCGAAUAUACAGCCUGGAUUCCGUAGAUACGCUGCAGCCUCUUUAAAUACUGUCACCUCAUCAGUCGAAAAUUCAUUGAACGAAAAGGGGACAGAAGUUUUUGGUUCGGGAACCAAGAACACCGGUUUCCUCCAAUUACGGCCCAGAACUAACAGCAUGGGAACACGGAGGGUGGAUGUUAGACAGCGUACGUUCAGCGCAGUAUCUGAUGCUGGCAAUGCUGGGGAGGAAUUUGAUUGA